GCUGCCUUGUGAGCGGCGAGGGGGGAGGAGAGAGACAGAGAGAGAGAGAGAGAGAGAGAGAGAGAGCGAGAGAAAGACAGCCGGAGGGCGGCGAGACGAGCCAGUAAAUCUAUCCGGGGCGAAGGGAGACAGAGGCGGCCUGGAACUAGCGAGGAGGUGGGAGACCUUCUCCUUCUCCUUCUCCUUCUCCUUCUUCUUCUUCGUCUUCUUCUUCUUCUUCCUCGUCUUUGUGCGCGCGCGCGCGCGUGGAUUUUAAAACCCCCCUGGGGCCGCGGCGCGCUCUGGAAGUUCGGACCCCGGACGGCUCGGACGCCCCAACCGGGAGGCUGCGGCCGCGCACCCCGCUACCGAGCAUGAGGCUGCUGCUGCCGGGCUCGCUGCUGCUGCUGGCCGCUCACGUCGCCGCGGGCCAGACGUGGUCGCCCGUCGAUGACGAAGGCUCCACGGCCGACGACUUCUAUGACGAUGAGGACCUCUACUCGGGAUCCGGCUCUGGAUUUCCCGACAUCAGCGUGAGGCCGACGUCGGUGUCCGUGUCCUUCACCACGGAGGAUCCCGUCCCGCUGUCCACCACGCAGGCCACCAGCCCCGCCCCGUCCGCCGCGCCCGCGGCCGAGCCCUCCGCCGACCCGGACCCCGCCGUCGCCGGUUCCGCCACCGCCGCCGCCGCCGUCGCCACCGUGGCCACCUCCACCGUGCCCGCCGGCACUCUCCUACCCACGGAAACGGACGGCGAGAGCGGUGCAUUCUGGGAAUUGGAGUCGGAGAAGGAGAAGCAGCUGGAACGCGAGCGGGAACGGGAACGGGAGCGGGAACGGGAGCGCGAGCGGGUCCGAGAGAUGGAGCGCCAACAGGAGCGUGAGCGAGAGAGAGAACAGGAGCGCGAACGAGAACGGCAACGAGAGCGGGAGAGGGAGCGCGAGCUGGAGCGCUUACGGGCCGCCGCCGCCGCCGCCCGAACCACCGCCGCCCCCAAAUCCUCAGCCCCCGUCGCCGUCGUGACAACAGCGACGCCUGCUGAAGAAGAAGAAGAGGACGUGUACCUGUCGCCUGAGCCCACGCCGCUCUACCCGGGGUCGGACGCCGGCGCCACCACAAGGGAGGACGCCUCCACCGCGGGGGAGCCCACCGCGACCGCCACGCCCGCCGCCACCCCGGCCGUCACCCUCAAGACCAGGUUCCCCGUCAGGCCGCGGGUUCCCGUGGCAGCGCCCACGGCGAGGAGCGCACGCCCGCCGCAGCCGACCACCACACAGGCGCGCGCGGACGAGGGCAACAACGAACUGGCCGCCGUGGGGCCCAGCGGCGACUUCGAGAUCCGCGAGGACCAGCGCAACGACUUGGGCCGGGGCCUGGCGCCGGAGGAUCCGGAUCUGCUCGGCAACACGGUGGACGGCGGCAGCUCGGCCGCGCAGCUCCCGCAGAAGAACAUCCUGGAAAGGAAGGAAGUCUUGAUAGCGGUCAUCGUCGGCAGCGUGGUGGGCGCCCUGUUCGCCGCCUUCCUGGUCAUGCUGCUGGUGUACCGCAUGAAGAAAAAGGAUGAGGGCAGCUACACGCUGGAGGAGCCCAAGCAGGCCACCGUCACCUACCAGAAGCCGGACAAGCAGGAGGAGUUUUACGCGUAACGCGCGGCCGCCACCAACACGCCAAAACCUCCUCUACUUCCUCUGCAUCGCUUUUCCAUCCCCCCCCCCCCCCCCCCUUCCUCUCGGCUGCCAACCACGAGAGCGCCUUUUUUUGCGGACUUGGAACUUUCUUUUCAAUGAAAGUGUAGAAAAAGGGGACGAAAAAAAAACAACAAAAGGAAAACAAAAUAUUCUUUGGGGGGAAAAAAAAUAACACGCGCAUACACGCAUUUUUUUUUUUCAAUGUUGUUAUUCAUUUUCUCUUGUUCUGUAUGUGACGACGA